ACGCCCUAACAACCCCUUGCGUUCAGCUGCCGUCGACGACCAGAGUGGAGGAGUCAAACUUGCGUGCUCUGCAUGAUGAUGAUGCUGUUGCUCGUGGUGCCUGUGUUGUCGCUGCUGCUGUCUGCUGACUGGUCCUGCCUGACGCCAUUGUCAUCGCAAUCCGUGGGAACGUGGUGGUCGAGGUUUCUGCCUGACAGGAUGAACGUGAAGGACUCGUACAGCUGGUUUCUGCCGGACCGGGAUCCACGAGUCGAAGGAUGGGUGCUGAUCGGAAGCCCCGUGGCGGUGACCACGGUGCUGGCGUGUUACGCUUACUUCGUCAAGAUCUGGGGGCCGCGCAUGAUGAAGAACGCCAAGCCGUUCGAGCUGCGCAAGACCAUCCUGUUCUACAACGCCGCCAUGGUGUUAGCGAACCUGGCGAUAGCGACGCGCGUGGGAUACUACGCCUUCGUUACGGGCCACUACAACCUCUUCCUCCAGGGUCCGGACCUGUCUAGUAGGCCGACUACCAUGCUUUUGCUGCAGGUUUCGUGGUGGUACCUGGUGCUGCGGCUGUCCGAGUGCAUCGAGACGGUGUUCUUCGUGUUGCGCAAGAAGUUCAACCAAGUGAGCGGCCUGCACGUCUUCCACCACGUGUCCGUGUCCUUCUGCACCUACUUCUACAUCACGUACGGCGGCUUCUCCAUCGCCUGCUUCGAGACCGUGUUCAACGCCAGCGUACACGUGCUCAUGUACUCGUACUACUUCCUGGCCGCGCUGGGACCCCAGGUGCAGCGUCACCUGUGGUGGAAGCGCUACCUGACGCGGCUACAGCUCGUCCAGUUCAUCUUCAUGAUCGUGCGCAACGUGUGCCUCGUGUUCACCCUGGGCGUGCCCUACUUCUCGCUGCCGCUGUUCAUGCUGUCGCAGUGCUUCAUCUUCUUCGUUCAGUUCCUCAGCUUCUACAUCCGCUCGUACAAGUCCAACACCGUCCGACUUGUCAAGUGCGGCGGCUCCACGCCCGACGAACAGUGGAAGGUCGAGCGAGUCAAGGCCCAGUGAGGAACUGCCACCCGAGACAAAACGCACACCGAUCAAACGCGCUCAUCAAACUGACGCGCUGAGCGGGGCGCGGCAAUAAGAAAAUUUCGUUGCCGCCGAUGGGGCAGAUUCGACGCCGAAUGACCUCGGUAGGAGAGCGGGCGCGGUGCGCCGGCUACUACUUUGGAACACGCGACAUCGACCUUCCAACGCUUGCCAAUUUGGACGGCGGUGGGCCCCACCACUGUGAAAGACUUCCGCGGUAUACAGUGACCUUGCAGUGCAAAAUACGCCGUAGUGACCUCUUCGAGCCCGGCGAUCGUGCGGUGUGUGAUGAAUCUGAGUGGUGGUCGUGCUUACGAAGCGCGGUGUUGCGACGCACGGACGAGGACGAUGCUCAUUUAUUGCCAGUGCCGAUGCGUCGCAAGCGUGAAACUGGCGCGACGUAGGCGCCUGCGUCUGCUUCCGUGUUUGAGCGAAUGAAUAAGCGAACGCGGUACUGUGCGUCCCGAAGAACUCUGAUGGAAGAUAAAGGACGGUGCCUUACUUCUGAAUGUUUUUUUUAGGCACUGAUACAGUAAGUGUGGCUUAUUUAUAUUUCCUAAACGUGUUUGUUACGCGAUACAUAGACCUAACAUGUUCAUCGUUUUCAACCACGCGACUCCUCGACCGCGUUCCGCGGGGAACACGCCUCGAAGAACGCAACGUCUGCGCACGCCGUAUCCACGUGGGACUGGCGGCUUCUGUAGAUAGCCCGUAAUAAACAAUGCAAUAUACGCUCGUUUCAACCUUC